AUAAUAAUUGAUAUUUCUCAAUGAGUGCAAAUCAAUAGGCGAAUCAAUAGGAGCUCUCUGAUGAAGGUAUUGAUUGAAUUGAAGUCGAUAGAAUUUAUGAAGCUUCACGCUAAGCAAUUCUACAGAACUCACGGAUAGCUGAUAGGAAGUUAGCAACAAUACAUUCCAGUUCCAAAGGAUAGUAAUCAUAACGGAAAGUUUACAGAUGUAAAUAAUGAAAUAAACAUAGCAUUUACUAAUGGCGACGAUGUACAGGAAUAAUAGUCUCAAUACUACUUGUGAUAAGGAGCGCUGGAUUAAUGGUUCAAAGGAUUGGAUGGAACAUUUAUAAUGAAAUUUAUAAACAUAUAUUG